AACACAAGACCCAAAAACCCUCGCCCUAAUUCAUCAAACUCCACACCCUCACAACCCAUCAUAUUCUUGUCACUGCCUCCCGAACAACCCUCACGCCGGAAUCAGUUGCCGAAGACUCACUGCAGCAGAUACAACGGAAUUUGUGAGGGUUGUAGAUGAUGGAUUCUGUAAAGAAACAGGUUUGUUGUGUGAUCUUUGACUUGGAUGGAACCCUUGUAAAUACAGAUGGCCUGGUGAGUGAAGUUUUGAAAGUAUACUUGGUUAAACACAAGAAAAAAUGGGAUGGGAGAGAAGUUCAUAAGAUUGUUGGGAAAACACCAUUAGAAGCCGCAGCUGUUAUUGUUGAGGAAUAUGCGCUCCCUUUGUUGAAAGAAGAUUUGCUAUUAGAGUUUUCCCCGAUGUUCUCUGAUCAAUGGUGCAAACUUAAAGCGCAACCGGGUGCCUAUCGUUUGAUUAAGCAUUUGAUGGGCCAUGGAGUGAAAAUGGCAUUGGCUUCUAACUCUCCAAGAGCUAACAUUGAAACAAAGCUAAGCUAUCAUCUUACGUUGAAAGAGUCCUUUGCAGCCAUUGUUGCUAGUGAUGAAGUUAAAGAAGGAAAACCGUCUCCUGAAAUAUACCUAGAAGCAGCAAAGAGGCUUAAUAUGGAUCCUUCCAAUUGUCUUGUCAUUGAAGAUUCACUACCAGGUAUUUGUGCUGCUAAAGCUGCAGAAAUGGAAGUGGUUGCUGUACCAUCUCUUCCAAACCAAUCUCAUCUCUACACUAUAGCCGACGAGGUGAUCAAUUCACUUCUCGACAUACGUCCUAAAACGUGGGGCCUACCUCCGUUUAAAGAUUGGAUAGAUGGUACUUUACCCAUAGAACCUUGGCAUAUUGGCGGUCCAGUCAUCAAAGGUUAUGGUCGUGGCUCAGAGAUGCUAGGAAUACCAACAGCCAGUUUAUCGGUUGAAGGAUCUGCGGCCAUCCUUUCGGAACAACCUGCAGGUGUUUAUUUUGGUUGGACCAAGUUAUCAACCCGGGGGUUUUACAAGAUGGUUAUGAGCAUUGGUUGGAACCCAUAUAAUAAUACUGAGAAGACCAUAGAGCUGUGUUUGCUUCACAAGUUUGAUGAAGAUUUCUAUGGUGAGGAGUUGCAUCUUGUUAUUGUUGGCUAUAUUCGGCCCGAGGCUAACUUAAAACACGAAGACGGUGAACUUGUUGAGAAGGCACUUGAACUUCCUUUAUAUGCCAAGUACAAAGACGAGGAAUACUUCAACAGCAUUUCGAGACCUGAUCACCAUAAUCAUUUGUGACCUUCUUUAAAAUCUUAUGCUGCAAAUAGCGACUUGAUGUAAUGAGCAUGUUACAGUUUAUAUAGAAGUUUAUGUUUACUUUCCAACUAAGUUUGUACUGUUUGUGCAUUGACCACCCGGGAUUCCGAAUUAGAAUGAAG